AUGCCCUCUCCUCCGCGCACCCCCUCCCCCACCUCGCCCAUGGUGCAGCUCACCCACCCCACGCCGCCCACCUCGUUUGCCGCCCACCGACUGGCCAUCAAGUCUGCCGAGGCCGUGCCCCGGCUCUCUGACUUUGGCUCCAUGCCUCACGGCCACUCUCACCAUGGACACGGCCACGUCAAGCGUCCGAGCAUCUCCUCUGCCAGCGACCCUAUCGUCGACCCUUCCAGAAGGGUGAGCUUCUCCAACGAGGCCAUUGGCGAAGAGCCCAAGUCGCCCGUGUACCAGAUUCCUCAGCGUUCGAGCAACCGCAACUCUCUCUCGCUUACUUCCGAGAAGGAGCUUGCUUCUGUGCACGAAGACUACGCCACUGUCCCCUCUGCUGGGCACAAGCCAGGUAUCAAGCCCCGCCCGCUCUCCUUCCAGGGGCCGCUUACUGCUUCUUCCGACACGGGUUUCGCCACUACUCCCGCGGGGAAAGGCCUCACCAUUUCGCCUUCUCUCGCCCGCGGUACGAGUACAGCCACGCCGUUUGGGUCUAUCUGGUCGGCAAGUGCCACUUUGCCCAGUAACAAUGGCUGGAUCACGCCCGCUCUGAACAGCGCCAAGACGACUAUUGGGUCUGGUACCACUGCCGGCCCUGGUAGUCAAACCCCGGCCAGCGGUGGGGGUGCAGCUCAGGUGGCCAAGGCUCGCGGUUUGGCAGUGGCGAUUGUCAAGGAGGACGGUGGUGUUGUGCCGGUCACGCCCACCCUCGGCAGCGCCGGGCUCAGGUCGCCUGGGUUGAAGAGUCCAGAGCUCAAGUUGAUGCGCGUGGCAGAGUCUUCCACGCCUGGUUUGGGUAGUGGUAAGCUCGACACUGGUAAGAGUAUGGGCAAGAAAGAAAUCAUUCUCUGCAAGUUUUACCAUACCCCCGGCCUCACUUGUACUUCUCGCCCAUGCCGCUUUGUCCACUCCCUCACAACUCUCAAGUCUCCCUCCUUCGACCUCUCCCAUUACACCAUGCUUUCCCCCACUCGCCCAGCGGACCCUACCUCUGGCACGUUUGCACACGCCCAGGCUCAGCUUGCUUCGCCUACAGGUAACGGCCCGGCAAAGCAGCUCAAGAUGACGGCGGACGGCGUGGACCUGGAGGGAGUAGAGAUGGGAGAGAGGGUAGUUGUGGAGGAUGAGAAUGGGGAGGAGGUGACUGGACAAGUCUUUUUGAUGUCCGGAGGCGGCAAGGGUGCUGGUGGCAAGGGUCGAGACAAGUACAAGACUGUUCCGUGCAAGGACUUUGCUGCUACCGGCCAAUGCCCAUACGGUGACUAUUGUUCUUUCCUCCACGACGAGAAACCUCGCUCCGAGCCGGAAGCUGAACAAUCCCAAUCUACACCCACCCCUGCAUCUCUCGACGCGUGGUCCAAGGCUAUCCCCAAAGCUCGACUCGUCCCCUCCGUCAAGGUCGACCCCGAAGCCAUCGAGAAGGCGCAUACCAACGGGCUUUCUGCAUUUGCGGGGCCGUUCCACAAGACACCUUUCUUGGUGGACCAGCAUGGAGAUUUCUUGGCUACAAGCCGCGCUUCGUCCCCUGGAGGCGUGCUCACGUCAAAGGCUCAGACGCCACCAGCGCUCGCGAGCGAGCCUGCUUCUGUCCUCAUGACUUCUGCCUCCUCGGCACCCCCUCAAACUAAUGCUUGGAUCCAGGGGCCGCCCAUGUCGGUCAAGAAGGUCCGCAGCUUGAAGAAGGUGACCAUUAACCACCGCCGAGAGCUUUCCGUCAAUGUCGACGCCCCGCCAACCACGCCGACCUCUGUAAACCACCUCGUGCCUCCCAUCUCUGCUGCCUCCAUAUGGACAGAGAGCGACCCAGCUACGCCAUUUGACCCAUAUGUGCAAAGACAAAAGAUCAUGGAGAUGGAGGCCGAGGCGAGGAGGGUGGGCUUGAAUCAGCCAAAGGUCAUGCCUAGGAGUGGGCUCGCGAAUCUGGCAUAUGACGCUGCUCCUCAGCAACAGCAGCAACCACAAGUCCACUCGUCUGCCGAGUCGCCUUAUCUCCCCUUUGCCGCCCCUGCCUACCCCUGGGGCAUGCCCAUGUCCCCAGUGACUUCGAACGGUCAAGAGCCGUCUGGUCCCGAGGUUGAUGGAGGUUUGGGAGUGAUGUGGACGCCGGCUGGGUGGGCUGUGCAGGAUGCUGCUAUGAAGAAUGCGUUAAGGAGUGCCGAGGUCAAGAUGAGGCACAAGGAUGCCAAGAGGAGAAAGCCCAAGAACUAUUACAGGACUCGACCCUGCAAGUUCUUUGCUGAAGGGCACUGUCCCCAUGGCGCCGAAUGCACCUUCCUGCACAUCAUCCCCGCCUCCUCUCCCGAACCACCUUCCUCCUCCGACAGCGACUCUGUCGAAGCGCGCUCCAGGACACCCCAGCAGCACCAAAAGUACAAGACCCUUCCCUGCAAGUUUUUCAACUCUUCUGCGGGUUGCGUCAAUGGGGACGACUGUGCAUUCUUGCACACGCGAGUAGUGCCCGACUCGGUACAGCUCGUCGAGAGGCCGAGGCCUUGGAGGACGAAGCCUUGUAGGCACUACCAGUUGGGCAGGUGUAUGCUGGGUGAUGCGUGCCACUUUGCACACGUAGAGGAUCCUGCGUGGGUCGCUUCUGGUGCUGGAAGACCUCGCGGGUUUGGCAGUCCCAGUGGCAUGCCUUCCGACGUUGCUCAAUUGACCGAAGAGUCGGUCGAGCAAACGCUUGAAAAGAUCAGGGACAUGAGGUUGAAGGAGGAUGACGACGAUGAGGAGGAUGAUGACAUCCAGUUUGUGACUCACGCCUUGAGCCCCUCCAGCUCUGGCUACCACCUUGUCGCGUAA